AUGCAUUGUCAUAAUCUACUUGGGAGUGGUGCCUUGCACGCCAUUGUUUGUUGGAGGCACAUCAUAUGCCGGGAAGCUCUAAUCUCUAGAGUAGAUUAUUUGUCUAACAGUCAUAAUCAAAAUAUUGACUGGAAAUUGCAUCCUACAGUGUUUCUAUGGGUCUCGCAAACAUUGUUCGUUCCAGACAUAGAUUUAUUUGCUUCUCGCCUAAAUUUUGAGACAAAGAGCUAUAUCUCUUGGUUCCCGGACGCAGAUGCCUUGGGGGUUGAUGCCUUUUGAUUAUAUUGGAAGAUUUUAAACUUUGUUUGUCCUUCUUUCAGUCUCCUCGGGAGAGUUCCUCGAAAGCUCAAGUUGGGGGAAGUUUCAGAUGCUUUAAUCAUAGCACCCUGUUUGCCAACAGCUCAUUGGUAUCCUCAACUUCCGGAGUUGCUAGUUCAACGCCCUGCCCUUGUACCUCAAUGGGAGACACUCCUACCCUUGCCUCAGGAAGACGUUCUACAUCCUCUCAGGGAAAUGAUACGACUAACUGCCUGGCAUUUUACCGAGAUAGCCUGGAGGUCAGAGGAAUUUCUCAGAGGACAGCCAAUCAUGUGCUCAAGCCUUGGUGACCCGAAACAGUACUCUACAGUAUGGAAGGUCUUUCUGUUGCUCGUGUGA